ACAAUAAAAAAGAAAAACUCAAACAGAAUUCAACGGUUCGAUACAAAGCGCAUAAGGAUUGAAAAAUUGGCAUCGUUCUAAAAAUUGGCGCCUUUGCUAUACCAUUUUGAAACUUUAAAAGAUUUUUGCAGGAUUGCGAAGAUGCCGCGCGUAAUUAAAACAAAAGCAGGCACAACUGGUGCAUUAGCGGGAGGGGGCGUUGCAAAAAAAGUAUCUGCUCCUAAACGCAAUAAAUUGUAUGCAAUGCCAGAGAAGAUUGCUGAAGGUACAAUUCUGACUGAUUUAUCCAAGGGGCAAUGGUCUAUUGGAUCUUCGAUUGGAACUGGUGGAUUUGGGGAGAUCUACUCUGCUUGUCGUCUCGGUGAAAAAAAUUAUAAUUACGUUGUAAAGUGCGAGCCACACGGUAAUGGUCCACUAUUUGUCGAAAUGCACUUUUAUAUGCGUAAUGCUAAAUUAGAAGAUAUAAAACGAUUUCAACGUGACCAUGGUUUGAAAACGCUUGGCAUGCCAUACAUGAUUGGAAAUGGCUCAGUCGAGUUACAGGGAAUAAAGCACCGCUUUAUUGUUCUGCCCCGCUAUGGUAGUGAUAUUCAGAAACACUUUUUAGCCAAUGGACGCCGCUUACCCGAGGGAACAAUCUACAGGCUGGCAUUACAAAUGUUAGACGUGUACGAGUUUAUACACUCGUGUGGUUAUAUUCACGCUGAUUUAAAAGCUGCUAACAUUCUGUUAGGCUAUGGCAAAGAUGGCAAUAGUCAAGCUUACUUGGUUGAUUAUGGACUUGCUUCGCAUUACACGACAAAGGAAUUUAAACCGGACCCGAAGAAAAUGCACAACGGUACUAUUGAGUAUACAUCUCGCGAUGCACAUCUCGGUGUAGCUACAAUGCGUGCAGACUUUGAGAUUUUAGGCUAUAAUAUAAUAGAAUGGUCAGGCGCUCAAUUACCAUGGGUAAGGAGUAACCUACUGACAGCACCGGCAAAAGUGCAAAAGGCUAAAGAAGAAUUCAUUGCGGACGUAGAUAAUUGUUUAAAAACUUUGUAUCCUAAAGGCGUACCAGUGUCUAUAGCGGAGUAUAUGAAGUAUGUAGCCAAAAUGAAGUACGAUGAAAAACCAGACUAUGAAAAAUGUCGGAAAAUUUUCAUCAGUGCACUAAAAAUUAUGAAAAUACCCAAUAGUGGAGAAUUGAAAUUCACUAUGAACGGUGAUAAUAAUAAUCCCACACCGUCAACAAGCAAAGCACGCUCUAAAGUACUUAAAAAGCGUACUUCAGUGGAAAUGUGUGCAAGUGAUGACGAUGACGAUGAUGUAAUAUUUGAAGAAAAGAAACCUGUUAAAAAAGCACCACAGAGGCCGCUGAAAACUAUUGCCAAACGUUCGCCAAGAACUGUAGCCAGUCCAACGAAACCUUUUUCUCCUGUUAAAAAUGCAUCACCUCGUAAACAUAUCUCAACUCUGCGGGGUUCACCUGAAACUAAGAGUAUAUCCAAGUCGACGGCAAAAGCAAUGCCUGAUCGGAAGCGCCGGUCUUCGUCUUUCUCUCCUGCAAAGGUUAUUCGCAGCUCACCCUUAAACAAGAAAGCAAAAACUACGCCACAUGAAACCGAUAAUGGCCACAGAACUCGAACUCCAAACACGUCAAAUUCGCACACAACAAGAUCAACACCGAUUGCUGCAAGAGCGAAUAUAAAUUUCAGUCCUGCGAUUUCAUUGUCAACUUCGCGACCAGGAAAAACAAUUGUUAAUGACAAUACUACACCUGUACCACGAACAGGUAAAACUUAUGAAUUCAAUUUUGAAUUAGAUGUUAGUAUGGACGCUAAUGUUAUAGUUAACGUAAAACGUAAGAAGAAAGCAGCCGCCGCUUCUAAAGAUGGCAUGGCACAAAGUUCUAAGCUAGCGCGUUCCAACGGCCAAUCCACAACACAGAGGGAUAGCGCUGAGGAGAAAAAAAGUACACCAGUUACACGAGUAAAAGUGCGGAAACUGCCUAGUGAUGAUGCUUCCGACAGUCCACGUACACCAGCGGUUACUGUUAAAAAAUCAAGACGUGUGGUUUCAUAAAGAACUAUCGCUGUUAUAAAUGUUGCAUUUGUAUUUUCAUAAAACCCUAAUACAUUCAUUCUUUUUUAUAAUUAUAUAUGUAAUUGUUUCUUAUACAUACAAUUUUUGAAACCUCUUAAAUUUGUUGGCCCAUACAUUAAAUAAAUAUUUGUUUGUAAUUGACACUUGAA